AUGGCGUUUGAAGCGCAGUUCGCAGAGAUCGAAGACAAGUCCUGUCACCUGCUGAGCUGUUGCUGCUGGGGCCUUUCCUGCACAUCGUGUGACGACCCAUGCUGCAUCGACAAGCACAAGUGCUGCUGCAUGUCCGGCGGCACUACAUCUGGCGAGGAUUGUGUUGGCCAGAAGGGAUGCCUGACCUCGCUUGCGAAGGCGUGCUGCUGCAUUCAGUCGUGCUCCCUGAACAACAUGGCCAUAGGCUGCUGUGGCGUCUUCAUUCUGGGCCGCCCCUACGGCGAGGGUCGUCUGGUUGACGAUCGGGAGUCUGCCUUCAUGCAGGAGGUGUUCUGGUGCUACUACUGUCUCUGCGGAGGAACAGGUUGUGGACCAGCCAGUCCGCUAUGCUUCAAUGACACCAAGUUCCUCUGCGCCGAGGUGAAAGAUACCACCGACGGAAUUUGGACAAAUGCCGGCAUUUGUCAUCACAACGCCAAGGCGUUGUGCUUCGUCUGCCGCGCCAACUUGCCGCCCACCAGGAGGAUCGGCUGCGGUGCCUGCGGAUGCGCGAUCUGCAAGAUGGCCCCUGGAGUCCGGGGCGGCAUCGCACCUCCUGGCCAGCAACGCAUGUAA